UGCAAUCUGAACAGGAACAAGCUACACAGAUCUGGGUUGAUGGUGCUGUUUCCUGCGCCUGUGUGUAAGCGUGAAUUCCGACGCAGGAGUGUUUCAAGUCCCCUGGUACCCCAGACAGGGCUGCCCUACUCCAGUAUCAGCCUGUGGGGACCGAUCCUGUCUGCUCAGGACCCCAGCAGGACCAGACCUGCUCAGCUCUGGGAGGGAGACCUCUAGGGAAACAGCAGCUGCUAGUCCGUGUUGAGUUUUCAGGCCCUGGACUGAGCAGUCGGAGACAGACCGUGGCAUGGGAGGCCAGCUGUGUUUCAUUCAGAAGAAUCCCAGCCGUUUGUUUAGGAGACACAGAGGCAGCCCUCCCGACACACUGGGAGGAUGACGACACACAGACAGAGGGCUCAAGAUUAAGGUACGGAAGUCACGAGGCCCACCUAGCACCAGGAUACCCUACGUGCUCCUGAGGGCAUAGGCCUCAUCCCCGACACCUCCCGUGUUCUGAGCCUGGGGCCUGGAGGACCUCGCCCCACGCAGACAGCAGCGCAGGAAUGGAACCCAGGGCCCCAGCACUGAAGAACACACAGGACCAAGGCAUGGCAGGCAUCGCCUCACACCUGGCCAAGAAGAAGGCCGUGGAGGAAGGGCUGGGCAGCAAUGACAAUGCAGUCAAGUACAACAACCAGGACUUCGAGUCCCUCCAGAGGCAGUUCCUAGCAAAGGGGAUCCUGUUUAGUGAUGAGACAUUCCCUGCUGAACCUGAGUCCCUGGGCUAUAACGAGCUGGGUCGCUACUCGUCCAAGACCCGAGGGGUGGUGUGGAAGAGACCCAAGGAGCUGUGCUCAAAUCCUCAGUUCAUCAUUGGAGGAGCGAACAGAACAGACAUCUGCCAGGGAGCUCUGGGUGACUGCUGGCUCCUGGCUGCCAUCGCUUCCCUGACUCUGGACGAGGAAGUUCUGGCUCGAGUCGUUCCCAGUGGACAGAGCUUCGACGAGAACUAUGCCGGGAUCUUCCACUUCCAGUUCUGGCAGUACGGAGAGUGGGUGGACGUGGUCAUCGAUGACCGGCUGCCCACCAGAGAUGGAAAGCUGUUGUUCGUCCACUCAGCCGAGGGCUCGGAGUUCUGGAGCGCCCUGCUGGAGAAGGCCUACGCCAAGGUCAAUGGCUCCUAUGAGGCUCUGUCUGGGGGCUCCACCAUUGAAGGCUUCGAGGACUUCACCGGGGGGAUAGCAGAGACGUACGAGCUGAGCAAGGCCCCCCCAAACCUCUUCCAAAUCAUCAGGAAGGCCCUGGGCCUGGGCUCUCUGCUGGGCUGCUCCAUUGAUAUCACCAGCGCCUAUGAAACUGAGGCCGUGACCUCUCAGAAGCUGGUGAAAGGACAUGCGUACUCGCUCACUGGAGCCGAGGAGGUGAACUUCAGGGGCAGUACGGUCCAGCUGGUGCGGGUCAGGAACCCUUGGGGCCAGGUGGAGUGGACCGGGCCCUGGAGUGACAACUCGCGGGAGUGGGACUACAUUGACCCGAAGGAGAAAGUCCGGCUGGAUAAUGCCGCAGAAGAUGGAGAGUUCUGGAUGUCUUUCUCUGACUUUGUGAGCCACUUCUCCCGACUGGAGAUCUGCAACCUGACUCCGGACACUCUGACCGGCGACGAUGUGCACAAGUGGAACCACUAUCAGUUUUCUGGGAUCUGGAGUGUGGGCUCCACAGCUGGGGGCUGUCGGAAUUACCCAGCCACCUUCUGCUCCAACCCCCAGUUUGCCAUCAAGCUGGAAGAAGUGGACGAUGACCCCCACGACGGUGAGGAGGGCUGCACCUUCCUGGUGGGGCUGAUGCAGAAGGACACCAGGAAGGAGAAGAGGUUCGGGCGCGACCUCAACACUGUCGGCUUUGCUAUAUAUGAGGUUCCCAAGGAGUACAAGGGUCGCACGAACAUCCACCUGGGGCCCGACAUCCUGCUGAGGCAGAGGGCUGUGGCCACGAGCAACACCUUCAUCAACCUUCGCGAGGUCUGCAACCGCAUGAAGCUGCCCCCGGGGGAGUACAUCAUCGUGCCCUCCACCUUCGAGCCGCACAAGAAGGGCAGCUUCGUCUUGCGCUUCUUUUCUGAGAAACAGGCCACUGCCAGCCCCAUGGAUCAUAAGGUUAAAGCAAAAAUCCAGGAGCCCGAGGUCCAGGAGAAUGAUGUGGAUCCCCACUUCAAGCGCCUGUUUUCACAGAUUUCUGGAAAUGAUUCUGAGAUCUCCGUCUUUGAACUUCAAGAAAUUCUGGACAGAGUUGUGUCCAAAAGAGCUGAUAUUAAGACAGACGGCUUCAGCCUGGAGACCUGCCGUCGCAUAGUCAACCUCUUGGACAAUGACAGAACUGGGAAGCUGGGUCUGGUGGAGUUCCAUGUGCUGUGGAUGAAGAUUCAGAAGUACCUGGAAAUCUUCAAAAAAUAUGACUCUGACAGCUCGGGCACCAUGAGCUCCCAUGAGCUGAGAGCAGCUCUGCUAGAAGCAGGGUUCCAGCUCAACACCACUGUGCUGCAGCUGCUGGUGAAUCAAUAUGCGAACGCUGAGUACGCCAUCGCCUUUGACAGCUUCGUGGGCUGUCUGACCCAACUGGAGAUGCUCUUCAAGAUGUUUAACACUCUUGACAAGGACAAGACCGGGACUGUGCAGCUGAACAUGUCACAGUGGCUGUGCCUGGCUAUCAACUAAAUCUCCUUUCUCCUGAAGACCAUUCCCUUAAUGCCUGGACACUCCAUCCCCUUCCAUUUCUACAGAAUUGAGCUGGAUAUCACUGCCUUAAACACCUCUUAGGUUUUGUAUGAAUGUUAAAAUUACCUCCUGGGGAAUACAUUUCAUUUAGCAUGCUUGUUAUCUUGACUCUGAAACAUAGCUUUAUUUCUGGUGUGUGGUUUAUAUAUAUAUGGGGAUAUAUA